GAAAACAGAUCAGACCUUGAAGAUUUACACCUUUAUGCAACUCCUCGGGAGCAACGGUUUCGUAGAUUUGCCAGUCUAGAAUUUGAAGGACAGCUAUAUAUGACUCCGUAUGACUUCAUUCAGGCUGUCACAAGUGAUGAACCCAAACGUGCUAAAAAGUGGCGAUCCCUUUCAAAACAGGAACUGAAUCAGAUCCUUAUGGAGACACCACCAGUUUGGAAAGGAUCAUCCAAACUUUUCCGUAAUCUUAAUGAGAAAGGUGUGAUAUCUUACACAGAAUAUUUAUUCCUCUUAUGUAUUUUAACAAAGCCACAUGCCGGUUUUAGGAUCGCUUUCAACAUGUUUGAUACUGAUGGCAAUGAGAUGGUCGACAAAAAGGAAUUCUUAGUGCUACAAGAGAUUUUCAGGAAAAAAAAUGAGAAGAGAGAAAGAAAAGGAGAUGAAGAAAAACGUGCAAUGCUGCAUCUUCAACUUUACGGAUAUCAUACUUCUACUAACAGUGUUCUUAAAACAGAAGGAGAGGACCUUGUGCCCAGAAGCUAUUGGGAUACUCUGAGACGUAGCACAAGCCAAGCACUCUUUUCGGACCUUGCGGAGCGUGCUGAUGAUAUUUCAAGUUCACUGUCAGAUACUACACUGCUUGUACACUUUUUUGGCAAGAAAGGAAAAGCUGAACUGAACUUUGAAGAUUUUUACAGAUUUAUGGAUAACCUACAAACAGAGGUUUUAGAGAUAGAAUUCCUUUCCUACUCUAACGGGAUGAACACCAUCAGUGAGGAAGACUUUGCCCAUAUUCUUUUGAGGUAUACAAAUGUGGAAAAUACAUCAAGUUACCUGGAAAACAUGCGCUGCAGAAUUCCUGAAGAAAAGGGUAUCACAUUUGAUGAGUUUAGGUCAUUUUUCCAAUUCUUGAACAACCUAGAAGACUUUACAAUUGCAAUGCAAAUGUAUAAUUUUGCAAGUCGUUCCAUAGGUCAAGAUGAAUUCAAACGGGCUGUGUAUGUAGCCACAGGUGUGAAGCUGUCACCGCAUUUGGUGAACACAGUGUUCAAGAUUUUUGAUGUCGACCGAGAUGACCAGUUGAGUUAUAAAGAAUUUAUCGGCAUUAUGAAAGACAGACUCAAUCGAGGGUUUAGGGAGACUCCAAAGUAUGGGUGGAAGGAAUAUUACUCUUGUGUGAUGACUGUAACCAGUGAGCAUCUGAGAGAUCUGUGGAAGCAAUUUCGGAGAAGAGAUAUGCUGAGAUAA